AUGGCCGGCGCCAUCUUCGGCUGCACCGACGACACCAUGGCGGAGUGCCUGCAGAGGCACCUGUUCGCGCUGCCGGCCGCCAACAAACAGCUCGCGGCGGCCAUCCUGCCGCAGAUGCCGCUGUUCCUGUUCAAUUACAGCAGGCGGGAGCUCCUGGGCGUUUUUGAGUCCGUCACGAGCGGGGACACGUUUGUUCCUGAGGCCUUCCAGGGGCGGUUUCCGUGCCAAGUGCGGGUGCGGAGGCUGAUCAACUAUCCGGCACUGAGCGAGAAACAGUUCAAGGCCGCGAUUAGGGGGAACUAUUACAGCGGGCACAAGUUCAACUACAAGCUCACACAGCAACAGGUAGACAUGCUGCUUGCCACUUUCAAAAGCACAUUUGAGGGAGACGGCCAGUAUCCUUCCCUGCCAACAGCACCAGCAGAUUCAGCACCACAGCCCUCCCCAUUAGGAUCCAAGAAGCGCCAGAGGGUUGAGGAGGUUCAGAGCAACAAGCGGAUAGUAAAGCUCACGGGGUCUGUGACAAGGGUUGUGGUAGCAACUGGGCCACAGCCCAGAAGAAUUGUUAGGAAAAAGGCGAAGGAACAGCCCAAGAAAGCAUCACAGCCGCAGAAGGCACAGCCAGCCAAGGGGGCGCAGGCACCCAAGAAGGUGGAGGUGGCUAAGAAGAGGGACAGCACCAGCGGGCCUGGCUCUGGAAGCAAAGCGUCUACUGGGCCUAUGAAGAACGGCUCAGCACACGAUUUGGGAUGCCUAGAGUACUUCUCCCGAAAAAAGUUUGCAAGGAAGGUGAACCCCGCAGCGAAGCCUGGCUCUGACAAACGGACUACGGUGGUGCUGGGGCCAGUACCAAAGGCAUGUGGUGUGAAGGACGUGGUUGCCACAUUAGAUGUGAAUCACAAGGGAAAGUACAAUUUUGUGUGUGUGAGGAAAAUACAAGGGGAGGAUGCUCGAUAUUGCUUUUUGAACUUGAGCGAUCACAGAGAAGUUGCUGGUCUUGCUGCACGCUGCAAGGAGAUGAAGUGGAGUUCUACACCUGAUGGGGAUGGCAAUAAAAAACGUGGUGUAGAGGUGACGUUCUGGGACUUACAAGGCAUGCCACUUCUAGCAAAGGUGUUCCAAUCCUCAGGCUAUUGGGAAAGCCGAAGAACUUUGCCAGCAGAAUGCAGCCAGCUGUAUGAUGGGCGCCCAUUGUUCUUCUAUGGACAUGGAGCUGCAUAUGCAGACAGGCUACUGUCGUACGCUACACCUGCCUUGAGUCCUGUACAGAAUUCAUGCACACCAAACGAGGUGGACACUUUGGGAACAGAUCUGGAUAGCAUAAAGGAGGCUUCCAGUGCUGCCUGCAAUGGCUCAAAGCCCAUCAUGGGCAGCAAACAGCCAGAGGCUGCAAGGACCACCAAUGACCCCAACGCUUUGGUCGACAACAACAGGAAGAGGAGUCGAAGGAAGGCUGGGCAGGCCAACCACGGUUAG